AUGUCGGAAGAGCGGACGCAAACUCUGCGUGUAGAGUUGAAGACGUGGGAAAAACAGUUUUCUGUACAAAAUGGCGGGAAAAGGCCGAGUCGUGAGGACAUCAAGAACAAUGUCGAGAUUGGUAAGACAGGCACGAGACCUAGAAGCUUUGGUUUUGUACUGAUGGAUGAUUGCNNAGCUGCAAAGUACAGAGAGUACGAUAGGUUGAGACGGCCAGCGACAAAGCAGACCGAGUCGCAACACGCCAGACCUGCAAAGCCACAUGAUGCAACACCCAAGAAAGCUGCUCCAGCAGCAACACCACAGAAGCCCAAAUCGCAGUUUCUAAUAUCGAGCAUUCCAUCACUACAAGAGGAGGAAGUAGAACUCGAACCCACUCCUGCCGCUGUACGAAUGCACCUCGGACCUACGCCACAAAAGGACGGCCAUAUCCUCAGUCUCUUCGACGACCCGUCGUCAACUGCUUCAAAGCCUUCCCGUACCGCUCUCGCAUCCAUAGAAGCGAAUGCAAAUUUCACCCCAAGCAAACCCUCACAACUCCUCUUUGCCGACAACGAAUCCCCUCCCGAGAAUGUACACGACCGCACUCCUGCUUCAAGUAGCAAACGCUUCCUGCUCGACUCCUUCGUCUCGACUACACCCCUGAAGAGAAAGCGUGAGGAUGAAGAACCUGCUCAUGCCACGCCAUCCAGUGCAAAGGGUCUCUCGACACCCGCCUUCUUGCGUAGGACAUCCAAUAUGCUCAUCAUGGAUACUCUCGUCGAGGAAGCAGAGAACGAUCACGAGAUGAAGAGUAUGAAUAUAGGCAGGAUGCGGCAACCACCCUUCAAGAAGCGUGGCAUUGUUAGAAGUCUGAGCAGCAUCAUCCAAGGCCUCAGGAAGCAAGAAGACGACAAGCUUGAUGAAGAACUGGAGAUGAUGCGCGAGAUGGAGGAUGGUGAAGACAACCAUGAACCAGCAAGGCCCGCUGUCCAAGUCGAAGACAGUCAGGUCGUUAUGCCAUUAGGUCCUGACCAAGGUGUUGAGAGCGAAGAGUCAGAAGAGGAAGAGAGAGAUACUGGCGUUUUCAGAAAGCCUUGGAAGAAGAAGGGCUUGAAGCGCCAGACAAAGCGUGUCAUCAUGAGACCUGCACCAAAGCCCAAAGCUCCAGCUCAGGCAGACCAGCCCGACACGACUUCCGACAACGAAGCCAACGUCGCCGAAACACAGCUCCUUGGUGCUUUGGACGACAUCGACUCGGACGCAGAUUCAGACGCAGCAUACAGUGACACAGAGGCAAAGCGCAAGAGACAACUCACCAAAACCACUACUGCAGACAAAGACGACGCUGCAAAGAGCUCCAAGGGCGAUGGCAUUGUCAAGAAAGCAGCCAAGAAAAUCAGCGCUACCGCACAUGCCAACUUCAGGCGGCUCAACAUCAAGAACAAGAAUUCAAAGGCCAAUGGCAGAGGCAGAUUCGGGAAGAGGUGA